CACGUGCGUGAUGUGCAAUCCCGUGCCUAAAUACAAAUAUACACUUUUUAAAUACACGUGAAACACAGACCCGUUUAUAUCCCGUGUACCAAUGACUAUACACCAACAUUAACACACGCACGCAUACAUACAUACACAGAACACACAAAUGCACACAGGGGCGGGGCACUUUGCCACAGACUUACAGAGACUUGGGAGUGAACUAUGCAUCAACUGCAGAGUCACUUAUAAUAGAACCUUGGUUUUACGUCUCAUCCGAAAGAAGGAGCACAAGGAGGUUAAAGGAAUUGCUCAGAGCCACAGUGGUUGGGAUUGAACCUGUAACCUCCUGGUAAUACGACCCUUUCUUUAUCCAUCCUAAUGGCAUGUCUUGGUCUCUCCCCAGGUGUCACAGUGAGUUCAGCGAUUGAAAUCCUCCUGUCUCCUCAAUCUCUCUCCAUUCUGCUGGGGCAGACGGCUCAAUUCACCUGCAGCAUUGGGAAAGGAAUGGGUUGUCACAAGGAUGGGGUUUUUUUUUGGAGUCAAAAUGAAACACAAAUAAAUAACACAGUAAAGAACAUUAACCAUCGGAUGUCUAUCAUCGACAGUCAACUUUCCAGCUCUCUCAUCAUUGCCAACGUGACUCCUUCUGACCAUGGGCAGUAUAGCUGCUCAGUUUUGUGCCUUGCAGACCCACCACUGUUAUUAGAGAAGAGGCGCGCUCAAUUAGAAGUGAAAGUAAAAGCGAUCCCCAAAUUAGACCUUAGAUCUGUUGUAUCGGCGGACAGAGCAGGUGUGUUGAUCCUGAGCUGCAGUGCUGUUGGGUUCUACCCUCGAGAUGUGACCCUAUCCUGGGAUUCCUCCUCUCCUGGACUCCUCUCCUCCACACAGCAGGGACCCCCCACAGUAAACCAGGAUGGCAGCUACAGCACCAGCACCAGCCUGCAGGUUAAUGAGGCACUGUGGAGCCCGGGGACUGAGAUCAGCUGUGUACUCAACCACUCCUCUCUGGCGCAGCCACUGAGGGAGUUCAUCAGGAGAGGAGAGGUCCAGCUCACAGUAGGCUCUGUCAAUGAGAGCAGCGGUCUGCUGAUCCUGAACUGCAGUGCUGUUGGGUUCUACCCUCGAGAUGUGACCCUAUCCUGGGAUUCCUCCUCUCCUGGACUCCCCUCCUCCACACAGCAGGGACCCCCCACAGUAAACCAGGAUGGCAGCUACAGCACCAGCACCAGCCUGCAGGUUAAUGAGGCACUGUGGAGCCCGGGGACUGAGAUCAGCUGUGUACUCAACCACUCCUCUCUGGCACAGCCCAGCAGGAAAGGAAUGAGAAAACCCAGCAACAAAAAAACAAUCAUGUUCAAUCAGUAUCUCUACACCCUCCUCUUACCUGCCCUACUCCUUCCAUGCUGCGUGUAUCUCCUGAUGAAGGCUCUGAGGAAUCGUCAGGCUGCAGAUCCUGCUUCCUGUGGUGAUAAAGAGAUGGGUAAAGAGGAGGACGGUGGGCUGCACUACGCCUCAGUCACGCACAGGCACAGGAAACAGCAGAAGCAGCGGAAGCAGCGGAGAAUGAAGAGAACAGCCCUGGAGGAUGGGAAGCAGGCGGUGUAUUCGGCUGUGAGGGGGAGGGAAGGAGCCGCUGCAGCGAGUGAAGACAGUCUCCAGUACGCCUCCCUCGAUCUGCACAGCAUUCCCAGGAGGACUGCUAAUGAGGAGGACCAGCAAUGCACUGUGUACGCUUCAGCGGCAAACAGACCCUAACAUACAUCCAUAACUAUUACACAGUCAGGGCUGCAUUAGAAUGCACUCUGUACACUUGAGUGACAAACAGACCCUAACAUACAUCCAUAACUAUUACACAGUCAAAUAGCAAUAGCAAAAAAAACACAAUGGCACAAAUGUAUAAUAACUGCAUUGCAAAAGCAAAGCAGCCCCAUACAAUCAAUGAGACAAACAUAUCGACAGACAGACAGGCAGACAGGCACAGGCAUAGAAAGACAAACAGACCUGAAAAGGCAGACAGACUAUAUCCCUUAUAACUGACUGUAAACAAUAGCAAAACAAUAAAUAAAACAAUGGCAAAAGUGUAUAAUAACUGUAUUGCAAAAGCAAAGCAGCCCCAUACAAUUGAGAUAGACAUAUAGGGGUAGAUUUUCAAAGACGACUAAGGACUUUAGACGGGUGUAACUCAGCUUUUUAGAUGUUUGAACAGGGGUCUAGUGUAAGAGCGAUUUUAGAAGACAUCACAGUCUGUGUGAUCAAUCAGUGCUAUGGAACAAAUGUUGCUCGGAAAAAAAAGGAACAAGAAUUUAUCUUCAAACUGGGAACUUUGGAACCUCUGGGUAUAGAAUGAACAUUCUAUUCUAAUAAUCAUGACACCAUCCACAGAAUUUUUGUAUAAUUACAAUUCUUGAAAAACAAGUUUACUGCACUGUGUCUACUUUUCUUUUUAAACAG